GAGGGAAGGAUACACUGUAGAGGUUGAAGUCAAUGAUUACCUGGACAUCUACUGCCCUCAUUACAAUGAGUCUGUCCCUGAGCAUCGCAUGGAACAGUAUAUCCUCUACAUGGUGAACUAUGAAGGCUACCGUACGUGCAACAUUAGCCAGGGCUUCAAACGAUGGGAGUGCAAUCGGCCACAUUCACCCCACAGUCCUAUCAAGUUCUCGGAGAAGUUUCAGCGGUACAGUGCCUUUUCCCUAGGCUAUGAGUUCCAUGCAGGACAUGACUACUAUUAUAUCUCUACACCGGCACAUAAUCACAGAAGAGCGUGUUUACGUAUGAAAGUCUUUGUUUGUUGCGCAACAACUUCCCAACCACGAGAGAGAUUCUUUCCAACCCACCCACUACUGACAAUGGUCCCAGAAGUGAAGAUAGAAGAUUUAGAUAAAUAUAACCCAGAAAUACCCAAACUGGAGAAAAGCAUAAGUGGAAGUAGUCCCAAAAGAGAACAUUUGCCGUUGACUGUUUCUGUCUCUCUUUUCCUCAUGAUGCUUCUGGCUUCAUAGCUUCAUCACAAAAUGAACCAAAAAUAUUGGAGGCCUAGAACAUAACAUCAGAAAAAAAAAACUGCCAAGCACAGGAAAUUAGGUCACAGGGUGAACUUUGGCCUGAUUUUCGGGAGACCUUCUCCCCUUUGUAGUGGCAUUUGGACUUCCUGCGUACCACUCUCUGCUUGAACAUAUAUUCUCAGGAUUAUGGGGAUAAGAUUUUUAUUUAAAAAAAAUUCUUGGCACCAUCCUGUCAAGUCCUGUCAGAAACUAACAAUGCCAAGCAUUUAUGAGAUGAGAAAUGGAAAGCUUGGGCUGAAGAAAUGGAUGAAACACUAGAGGAAAAAAUCUGUCUGCCAUAUUGUUGCCAAAUCAAUGUUGUGCUGAUUUCCAUAAUGAAAAUAAUGUAGAAGAUU